CAGAAUUGGAAUAAAGACAAAAAAAGUUGCAUUCACUGAAAAUCGCGGGAUAUUAUUGGACAAAAAGGCAGUUAGCGUACCUGUAUGUAGUGUAGUGUACCGCAAUCCCCGGAUUUGCUGCUUGGGUGGCGGCGGCACUCACAAGUGGAAUGGCUCCGUAAUUCGGACCAAGUGAAGAUGGUGUAACCGGCAACUUCAGUUUUCUCUCCUCUUUUCUUCCUCCAAACAACAAAGUUCCCCUCCUGUACAGUCUGUCACCAUGAGGUCAAUUGAUCUCGCCAGUCGCUCAGGCGCUGCCCUGAAGCGGGCAAUUCAAGCCAAGCAGCUCCCCUCGCGCGUCGCAUGCGCUUCGGCCCGCUCCUUUUCGUCCACCUCCUCCAACAACACCGGCGUUCUUCCUCCCAGAUAUGAGACCCUCUACAACAAGUAUUCCGAGGUCCGCCGCGUGCUGGGUUCGCAGCGCCUGACCCUGGCCGAGAAGAUCCUCUACUCCCACCUCGACAAUGUCGAAGAGUCGCUCCUCUCCAACACCAACGGCGGCCGUGACAUCCGCGGCAAGGCCAACCUCAAGCUCAAGCCCGACCGUGUGAACAUGCAGGAUGCCUCCGCCCAGAUGGCUCUCCUGCAGUUCAUGACUUGCAACCUCCCCCAGCCCGUUAUUCCUGCCAGUAUCCACUGCGACCACUUGAUUGUUGGAUCCAAGGGUGCCGAUGAGGACUUGAAGGCCGGUAUCGCCACCAACAACGAGGUUUUCGACUUCCUCGAGUCGGCUGGCAAGAAGUACGGUAUUGACUUUUGGCCUCCCGGUGCUGGUAUUAUUCACCAGACCGUCCUCGAGAACUACGCUGUCCCCGGUCUCAUGAUGCUCGGAACCGACAGCCACUCUCCCAACGCUGGUGGUUUGACUACCAUUACUAUCGGUGUCGGCGGUGCUGAUGCUGUUGAGGCCCUCGUUGGUGCUCCCUGGGAGCUCAAGGCCCCCAAGAUCCUCGGUGUUCGCCUGACUGGCAAGCUCAACGACUGGGUCAGCGCCAAGGAUGUUAUUCUUCACCUUACCGGCCGUCUUACCGUCCGUGGUGGUACUGGAUACAUUGUUGAGUACUUCGGUAUGUUCCAUUCCCGAUCCUUUGCUUUCUAGGUACAGUAUGUUGCUAUGUUGCUAUUGUUGUUGCUGCUGUUGUGAUUGUCAGCGUCCCUGUGUUGGCAUCGGAAGUCACAAUGAAUAUACGAAGGUCAGUUUUUCUCUAUCAGUUCUACUACUAAAAUGACAGAUGUUGUGCUUGAUCAUACUGUCCAGGCAGUCGAGUGA